AUGAAGGAUCUGGAGCACAAGUCCUAUGAGGCUGAUGGAGAUGAGGGUGCUGAGUGUGAAAAAAAGAAGGCUCAGAGAGGAAGUCAUUCCUCUCCACAACUGCCUGAAAGGAGGCUGCAGCCAGGGGGAGCCCCGCUCGGCCUGGGGGGAGGCGAUGAUCGCGGCGCUGUCUCCGCAGGGAGCGUGCUGGACCAGAGCCUGGAGAGCCUCCUGCACCGCCUGCGCGGGUUGUGCGACAACAUGGAGCCCGAGACCUUCCUGGACCACGAGAUGGUGUUCCUGCUGAAGGGGCAGCAGGCCAGCCCCUUCGUGCUGCGCGCUCGGCGCUCCAUGGACAAGAGCGGGAUGCCCUGGCACCUGCGCUAUCUGGGACAGCCCGAAAUAGGCGACAAGAACCGCCAAGCGCUGGUGCGCAACUGCGUGGACAUCGCCACGUCCGACAACCUGACGGACUUCCUGCUGGAGAUGGGCUUCCGCAUGGACCACGAGUUCGUGGCCAAAGGGCACGUGUUCCGCAAGGGCAUCAUGAAGAUCAUGGUGUACAAGAUCUUCCGCAUACUGAUGCCGGGAAACACGGAGAGCAUUGAGCCGCUCUCCCUCUCCUACUUGGUGGAGCUCAACGUGGUCGCGCCAGGAGGACAGGACAUUGUUUCUGAUGACAUGAGGAACUUUGCUGAGCAGCUGAAGCCUCUAGUACACCUGGAGAAAAUUGACCCCAAAAGACUAAUGUGACUUAAAAUCUAGGCGAUUGAGGCACUGGUUUGGUGUUUCAGAAAAGGAUGUUUUUCUAAAAAGCUUUUUGUGGGCAAAUCAAAACAGAAGGGAAUAAAGUACUAAAUAUCGGUUUUGUCAGUUGCA